CUCCUAUCAUGGCCACUCCCUGUGCCUCUAAAAUUGUGACCAAGCAGGUAAUCGCAUCCAAUGAGCAUCAGAAAACUGUACAUCUUCCUGAGGUGAAAGUUAUAGAGGUCAUGUUGGAAUUUGUUGGUGUCAGAAACUUACCAAAGGGACACAAGGGAAGCGUCUCUGUCGUAUUUAGUAAGACACAGCCUGAUACAAUCUUCAGUGCCAAUAGGAGACUCACUAUUUUGUCCGAGUCUGGGGAGAAACAGGUCGCUUCUUUCCAUUGUCAGCCUACUGGAAAUCUGCGAUUUGAACUUGUCUCCCACUCACCUUCCAACUUAAAAAUUUCAAGGCCAGCCAAAACUUUGGGUUCCUCUUCCAUCUCUCUGGAGGAUUUCCUGACCCCCGUUUCCAAUCUCUCUGUGGAGAAGUGGUUGGAGUUGGUGUCCAGUUCUGGAACAGUGAGCUCAAAGCCAAUUGGUUUACGGGUUGGCCUCUCAUUUACCAUUCCAACUGCAGCGCCACAUGUGCUUCACAUGGUUCGCUCUCGGCCAUUCUCAAAGAGUUCUUGUUUUUUCCCACUUCCCGGAAGGGUUCAAUUUACUAAGAGUUGGACACAUGUUAUCGAUGAAACUGGCAAUGAGGUCAUCAGCCUCCAGAUGAGAGAUUUUAGUAAGGAAAAUGGGAGAAACAACUCUAUUUUGAGGAAAUAG